GCCGUCUGCUUUCCCACAAAACAACAACAAAGACAAGCACGACGCAACACUGCCAUUUCCACUCGCUCUGACUCAACGUUGAUAAGCAUUGACACACCAGCGCAAAGGCAGAGACAACCACACCAACGCAAGGAAGGAAGGAUGAAGAUGCCGAGGUUCAGUGUGGCUGGAGCCGUGCUGAUGGCCACGCUUGCCCUGUGUGCGGGCUCGUUUCUCGCACACGUUCGGGCUGAUGCCGAUACCAAGUUUGUUGGCGGGUACAUCCUCAUGAGCGCCACCCGAAACGGCCAUGCUGCCGGCCUGGACGAGCUCGCAAGCCUCGCGGACAACGCCAAGUCCCUCCCCGUGUCUCGUGUGAUCAUUGGAUUCUUUGACCCCACCAUGGUGUACAUGCCGGGUUCCCAAACCCUCAACUCGACGGGCCUGAACGCUUCGAGCACGGGCGACUACGGCUUUGCUAAGGUCAAGGAGAGCAUCGGCAAGCUGCAGAAGGGCGGCGUCGAGGUCUUCCUCUCCCUUGGCGGGUGGAACUACAACUGCUUCCCCUACCUGUACAUGCGCUACAGCGUUGGCGGCUAUGGCACUCACACGCCCAACUACUGGAAGAUCGACCAAUACGGACAAGGCAACAUGUCAAACUGCAACGACGCCAACCAGUACUGCUGGGUCUGCGAGCCCCCAUCCGAGGGCACAGACCUCAGCGAUUUCGCGAUCUUCCCCACGGUGCCUGGCAGCGACACGUGGCAGCAGGCCGUCAAGUUUGUGGAGAGCAACGCCAAGGGCAACGAGACCCCAGCGUGGCACUACGAGAUGGUCCCCGGCCGCCCCUGGACGGAUCCCAAGACCGGAAUUCAGGUCCAGGUCCCCGGUCGCUACGACUUUGUGCGCCUCAACCGCGACCCAUACCAGGACUUUGUGUAUCUGGCGAAGGAUCUUGGUGUGGACGGCAUUGAUCUCGACUACGAGGAGUUCUGGCACGCUGACUACUUCAAGUAUGGCAACGGCCCCUGGUGGCUGCCACAGACGGUGUACAAGUACGCUGCCAUUGCCAAGACGCUCAUCCUCCACAUCCAGAACAUCAUGCCCAAGCUCAAGCUUUCCACUGCUGCAAGCGCCGUUGGUGGCUGGUCGUCGAGCUGGUGGGGCGGAAACCUCAAGACCAGCAUGUACUACCUCAACCUCUGGUACCCGAGCCUGGUUGACUUUAUGACCAAGGGCAAGAACGCCGGCGGCGUGAACGUCAUGACCUACGAUCUCUCCGACAACCCAGAGUUCCACGAGUGCCCAGAGCCCAACAUCUGCUCGCUCUCUGACCAAGUCAAGUUCUACAUGCAGCAGUACAAGGCCGCCAACAUCCCCGCAAACGUCGGCUACGAGAUUGGCACGCCGGCUUAUCCAUCGCCCAAGCACGACCCAACGCACCAGCUCCCGCUGACCAAGGCUGAGCUGCAGAAGAUUAUCAGCGAGGUGCAGGGCGACUGCGAUGGCGGCUUCUUCUGGGAGCUCUUCAAGCCCUACAGCUCCGGCCAGGCAUCUCCCACUGACACUGCUCAAGCCAUCUGCUCCACGGUGCUGGGCGAUGCCGAUCGGUGCUCUGGCUCUGUGCCCACCCCUCCAAGCAAGUGAACGGCGGCGCGAGUGCCUUGAGCCUCCACCACAUGACACGCACAAUCACCUACAUCCCCCCCCCCCCACUCGCGUUUCUCCACAAACACAAACACAAACACAAACACACAAACACACACACACACACACACACACACACACACACACACACACACACACACACACACACACACACACACUUGUUGUUCUUCUUCAAACCUCCAUCAAACGCCUGCUGCCCGUUUUUGUUCGUGCCUUUUUGUCACGUCGUCAUCGCGCUGCAACGCCACCACGGUUUUUGUUGCGUAUUUUCUGCAAAUUUUCAUGGCAAAACCGGUUUUGGCUGGGGGCGGCCUGCGCGGGCACCUUAAAACGACAUCAAACCCGGAAUCUGGU